AUUAGUAGAAUUUGGGCCGGCAUUUCCCAUGAAUUGGGUUCCGAAAAGAUAUCCAGAUUUCAGAGUUCCGAAUCAAUCUAUUAUCGGAUUAGUUAGAAAAAUAAAAACAGGGGAAAAGCUCUGGUGGGAAACAAAAGAUUUUAAUUCCUGAAAUUGUGCGCUUGAAGCAUCAUAAAAUUUUCGUUUUUAGGGUUUUUUUUUCAGAAAAUUACUUGGGAAAUUCACUGACUCUACGAUCAAUUUCUGGAGUUUUCUCGAGGAACAAAAAGAUGGGGUUGAAGAUUAUGGAUGCUACAGUUGCAAGCUUUAAUGAGGUAUUUGAUAAGUUUAAAGAAGAAGCUGCUAAUAACAAAGCUAAUCUCAUCCUCUUUUUGGCUGACAAUGACCCUUCUACUAAUCUCAGUUGGUGUCCUGAUUGUGUGAGAGCUGAACCAGUGAUAUUGAAGAAGUUGGAAGAAUAUGGAGAAAAUGUGGCACUUUUGAGAGCUUAUGUUGGAGAUAGACCAACAUGGAGGACCCCUCAGCACCCUUGGAGGGUAGAUUCAAGGUUUCAGCUCAAGGGUGUUCCAACCCUUAUUCGCUGGGAGAAUGAUGCUGUUGCUGCGCGUCUGGAAGACCAUGAGGCUCACAUUGAAUCAAAGAUCAGUGCCCUUCUCGGCAAGUCCAAGUGAUCAAAUGUACGUUGUUUAGUUGUAGAUGCAGAGUUUUUAAGCUAAUGCACACACUCCCUAAUAAACUUGCUUAGAUGGUUGUAUCUGAGUGACAGUCUGAACAAAAACUCAAAUCAUAAGAUUCAUAACUGAUGUCUGGUUGCCAGGCUAUUCUGCUUUGUAAGGUUGUUACUAGCUAAUAAAUGUUCAGAGUUACAUUUUAUCCUAAGAAAAUAAUCACUAUGAGCUCCCAAGCUGUUCAUCGUUC